AUGGAUGGACCUCUACUACUCACUAGGGUGGUGCGAAAGACGGUCAUUUCAUUUGAGACGUUCAAUGCUCAGGGGGACGCCUCUGUUGUUCAAGUUGAUUGCCUAGCGCCAGAGCUUAACCCCCAGCCUCUCAUCGGAAUACUGUGUAAUGACCUUCUUGUUCUCUGCAGGGAUCCUAGCGACGGGAAGGAUCCGAUGUCUGCGGUCGACCUGUGGGCAGUGUAG